AUAAAGAGGCAGAUUUAUACACAACAUACAAAAACAUAUUUAUAUUCUUUUUUACCAAAGGCAUUUCUGUUCAAACAAUACAAAAUAUAUAUUAAGAUAUAUAUUUCUUCAAAAAUGUUCUGGCUAAUGUCAAAACAACAUCGAUGACAUUGAUAUAAUAAUAAUAUAAUAUUGUUAGAUUCAAUGUAAUUUAUUAUAACAAUUUAAUCAUUCGUUUAUUAAUAUUAGACAACAUGGCAGAAAAUCGCGAUACGGACGCAGAUUCUUCUUGCAUGAUAUCCGAUGUAGAUUGCAAUGGAUUGAGGAUUUGUAAGAGAGAUAUAUCGAUUGAAUUACUAACGAAAAUCUUUUGCUACCUUGACCGUAGAACCCUACUGAAUUGUCAACUAGUAUGCAAGCAAUGGAAGAUGGUAAUACAGAAUUACGUUUGGUGGAAAAAGGCGGGAUUACUACUGAAUAAAUUAUUUUCGCGUCGUGAGGAGCUACCUUGGCAAGUGUUCUAUCUCAUAUACAAAACAAAACCACCGUUCGAGAGGAAGAAUCUGUUGAAGAAUCAUUCCGGCGAGAAAUUUUUUCAAUAUUGGACCUUUCUAUAUUAUAGAAAUAAAACAUUACCAUAUAGCUGUUGGGUAAUCGAGAAUCCGCCCUGUAGUGUGCCAGAAUUACCGUUGACCGAACCGGUAUUUGAAGGAAAUCAGUACUGUUUUGCGAAUUUUCGCGAUAUCAACAUCCAUUCGGAAUUCCAAGGACCUGACUCAAUUUGUAAAAAAAUACAGCUAAUUGAUGUAAUCUCUGAAGGAUUCGAUCCAUAUAUUCUGGAUGUUUUGCAACCACCUAUAAUGAUUAGUGAAUGGUAUAGUUGUCAAAAGAACUUCCCAGCGAUAUAUGAAUGCGAGGUUGAAUUGUUAAGCCGUCCAAAAACACGUUCACUAAACUUAAAUACUUUAGACAGGUUCCGACUUAGAGAUGUCAUUGAAAGAAAGAGAUUGGGCAAAUGGCAAUAUAUGUCGCAUGUAUUUACAAACUAUGGAUGUGGUCUAAGAUGCAUUAAGUUUAUGCACAAUGGAGCAUACUUUUUACCAAUUAAAGAACCAAUUUAUUAUGGUUGCAAAAUGGCUGGAGCGUGUGUACGUAUAAUGAUUCCUUAGGUUACAUAUACAGAGCUUCAUCAUCAAUCCUU